UCAACUACCAACCAUUACAACCAAACAAUAUCAAACGGCAUCCACCCACUACUACUGUAGAACAAGGAAGAAGGGCCGGCAGAAUAACUCGCAAUGGCCUCUUCUUCUGCUCUUCCUCUCCCGCUGUCCUCCACUCCCUCUCCUCCCACUCACCUCCCCAACACCAACAACAGCACCCGCUCUACCCCAACCAUCUCACCAUCAAUGCUAAAGCCCAUCAAAGCCCCUACCCUUCGCUCCCGCCUCAGCAAACUCUGUCAAGAAGGCCAACCCCAUCUUGCCCGCCAACUACUCGACACGAUUCCCAAACCAACCACUGUUCUCUGGAACGCUGUCAUCAUUGGCUUUGUCUGUAACAACAUGCCCCAGGAAGCUCUUUUUCUCUACGGCCGGAUGAAGAAUUCAUCUCUAGCCACCAAAUGUGAUGCCUACACUUACUCUUCCACUCUCAAAGCCUGCGCUGAAACACGCAACUUAAUGCUUGGUAAAGCCGUACAUUGCCAUUUUAUUCGGUGCCAAUCGAAUCCCAGUAGGAUUGUAUAUAAUUCGCUUUUGAACAUGUACUGUACGUGUUUGAGCACACUCGAUGAUGACAGAGUUCACUAUGUAGGUUCUGAUUCUCCAAAGUAUGAUUUGGUACGUAAAGUGUUUGAUACAAUGCGCAAGAGAAAUGUAAUUGCUUGGAAUACUAUGGUGUCAUGGUAUGUAAGGACGGAGCAAAAUGUGGAAGCAUUUAAGCAAUUUAGGAUGAUGAUAAAAAUGGGAAUAAAACCGAGUGCCGUGAGCUUUGUAAAUGUCUUUCCGGCUAUUUGGAAGCUCGAAGACUUUAAGAAUGCGAAUAUUCUUUAUGGAAUGCUCCUUAAGUUGGGAAGUGAAUAUGUCAAUGACUUGUUUGUUGUGAGUUCAGCUAUAUUCAUGUAUUCUGAGCUUGGUUUCCUUGAUAUGGCUAAAAAGAUAUUUGAUUGUUGUUUGGAGAGGAAUACAGAAGUUUGGAACACUAUGAUUGGUGGUUAUGUUCAGAAUAACUGUCCCGUUGAAGGAAUCGGUCUCUUCCUUGAAGCCAUAGAAUCAGAACACACUGUUCUCGAUGAUGUAACUUUUCUUUCAGCUUUGACUGCAGUUUCGCAGUUGCAGUACUUGAAAUUGGCUCAACAGCUACAUGCUUUUAUACUUAAGAAUUUAUCAGUGUUACCUGUUAUUAUACUGAAUGCAAUUAUUGUCAUGUAUUCAAGGUGCAACUCUGUUGAGACCUCGUUCAAAAUUUUUCAUAAGAUGCUGGAAAGGGAUGUUGUUUCAUGGAAUACUAUGGUUUCUGCUCUAGUACAGAAUGGGUUAGAUGAUGAAGGGUUGAUGCUUGUCUAUGAAAUGCAGAAGCAAGGAUUCCUGAUUGAUUAUGUAACAGUGACAGCUCUUCUUUCAGCAGCUUCAAAUCUCAGGAACAAAGAUAUCGGGAAGCAGAUCCAUGCUUAUCUAACUAGGCAUGGAAUACAAUUUGAGGGAAUGGAGAGUUAUCUUAUAGACAUGUAUGCUAAAUCUGGUUUAAUUAGGACUGCACAAUUACUGUUUGAGAAAACCUUUACCCAUGAUAGAGACCAGGCCACGUGGAAUGCUAUGAUUGCUGGGUACACACAAAAUGGUCUCACUAAUCAAGCUUUUGUUGUCUUUAGGAAGAUGCUCGAGCAGAAUGUAAUACCCAAUGCUGUAACGAUAGCAUCAGUUCUCCCAGCUUGUAAUCCAAUGGGGAGAAUAGAUUUAGGGAAGCAGCUCCAUGGAUACUGUGUACGCCACUAUCUAGACCAAAAUGUCUAUGUGGGAACUGCUUUAGUUGAUAUGUAUUCCAAAUCUGGUUCAGUCACUUACGCUGAAAAUGUGUUUAUUAGGACACCUGAGAAGAAUUCUGUCACAUGCACCACAAUGAUAUUGAGCUAUGGUCAGCAUGGGAUGGGCGAGAGAGCUCUCUCUUUGUUUUACUCAAUGCAGGGAUCUGGUAUUAAACCUGAUGCCAUCACCUUUGUUGCGGUCAUGUCUGCUUGCAGUUAUGCUGGUUUGGUUGGUGAAGGACUUAAAAUAUUUGAGUCUAUGGAAAAAGAAUUUAAUAUUCAACCCUCAACUGAGCACUAUUGUUGUGUUGCUGACAUGUUAGGGAGAGUUGGAAGGGUUGUUGAAGCCUACGAGUUUGUUGAAGGAUUGGGUGAAGAGGCAAAUGUGCUAGAAAUUUGGGGAUCACUUCUUGGGGCUUGCAGAAUUCAUGAACAGUUUGAAUUGGGAAGAGUUGUUGCUGGGAAGUUGCUCGAAAUGGAGACUGUAAAUGGCAUGACGGGCUACCAUGUUUUGGCCUCAAAUAUGUAUGCAGAGGAAGGAAACUGGGAAGAUGUUGAUAAAUUGAGGAAACAAAUGAGGGAAAAAGGUUUGAGGAAGGAGACAGGAUAUAGUUGGAUCGAGACUGCUGGAUUUGUGAACAGUUUUGUGUCUAGGGAUAGAAAGCACCCUCAAUGUGAUGAGAUAUAUUAUAUUUUAAAAAGUUUGGCUAUGGAGAUGAAAGAUGCUGGUUAUAGACCUUGUCUUGCUUCCAAUGCAGAUGGGAUCUCGGAAUUUGUUGACAUCUUUGGAAUAUAAAUGGAAACAUACUACUUCAUGGUUUACUGAACUGGAGGCAGCUAGCUAGAGGCAACUGGAUUGGUCAAUGUCUGUUGAGUCACUUGGCUUGUGCUUAUAAUUGAUUUUAACUUAAUGGUAUGUUUAGUUUGUCCAACUAUGACAGAGUUGAAGCUCUGCUGGUUUGCUGAGCUGGUUGGCAUCUUUCUGAAGCAGAUUGUGCAAAGCGCUGUGCAAGCCUGUUGAUAUGGUGGAUGGUGGUGAACUUGAGCAGUAGGGAUUAAUCUGGCUGGGUUGGAUAAGCUACCUUGAACCGACUAAAAAAGAAAUUAUCCCCAAGCCAAUGGCCAAAAGUUCCACAUCUAUGUUCACAGAAGUGUUAGUACUUGCACUUUCCCCAACUUCUGCACCUGUGGUGCAUGUUGUGGCUUCCACUAGGAUACCAUGAACACAGGGUCCAUGUCAUCCUCUGACCCUUCUUUCUGCUUCUACAAUGGCAGUUUCGCAUUUUCUUCAUUAGCAGGAAAGGAAGGCUUCUAGGUAAUGCUGCUAUCAACCUUAAGAGUUCUUUUAGAGUUGCUUUUUGGAGAAUUUCAGCCUUUUUUCUUACGGCAACUCAGACUACACGAGUUGUGCAGAAGAAUUAUGGAAAAUAACAGAAAGAAUUCCCAGAGUUUCUUUAAAACAAUGCAGAGUGUUGAACUCCAAAAUCGGGUCUAGACAAUCUCUUUAUGCAUUUGCAAUGCCAGGAGUUUGGUACAUAUAAGAAGUUGCCUGCAUACAUCCGUAACAUCUCAUUGUCUUGCUUGGAAUGUGGGAAAAAAUGGUUAGUUUGAUUCAACGUGAAAGACUGAAGGACCCCAGUGAACCCGUGUAUAGAGAAAA